AUGGGUAGGGAUACUAUUGCCGAGAUAAUAACCUCUAUACGAAAUGCGGAUAGGGAUAAAAAAAGGGUAGUUCGAAUAACCUUUACUAAUAUUACGGAAAAGAUUGUUAAAAUACUUUUACAAGAAGGUUUUAUUGAAAAUGUGAGAACACAUCGAGAAAAUAACAAAAAUUUUUUGGUUUUAACAUUACAACACAGAAGAACUACAAAAAUACCCUAUAGAAAUAUUUUAAAUUUAAAACGGAUCAGUCGACCCGGUCUACGAAUUUAUUCCAACUCUCAACGAAUUCCUCGAAUUUUAGGCGGGAUGGGGAUUGUAAUUAUUUCUACUUCUCGAGGUAUAAUGACAGACCGGGAAGCCCGGCUAGAGGGAAUCGGCGGAGAGAUUUUGUGUUAUAUAUGGUAG